ACAUAUACGGAGUUCAAGACCGUAAUAACAUUAAGGUCAAUAUAUUCUAUAUUAAUUAUAGCGAAUAGGGUGCCUAGAGCGUCAAGGCCCGCAACACUAGUAUUAUUAUUUUAUUUUUUUGAGACUAGCGAAGGUGUUAUUUUUGCAAACCUGGAUGCAAUUAGAAGAUUUGGAGAAGAGUUGGCCGGAGUUACAACAGUUGGAAUUGAUGGAACAUUCAAAACUGUUCCUGCUGCUCCAGCAGACUUGAAAAGUUUUCUGACUUUUCAAGUAGUGUUUAAAAGUGUGUCGUUCCCGAUGGUAUAUGUCCUUCUAAGAAGUCGGACAGAAGAGACAUACGUUACAUUGUUUAACAUUGUUCGUCAAAUCUUACCUCUGAACUAUAAUUUGAUUCGAUUAGUUACAGAUUUUGAAAAAGGACUCGUGAAUGCAGUUCAACAAGCAUUUCCAGAAAGCAGAUUGUGAUGUUGCUGGUUCCAUUACACUCAAUCAGUACGAUAUUGUCAUCGUAAAUCAAAUGGUGUUUUAGAUUUAGUCAAGAGAAAUCCUGAAGCCACUCGCAUAUUCAGAAUGGUUCUUGCACUGCCUCAUCUGCCUGCUGUUAGAGGUCAUCUUUUAUGUCCUCAAUUUUGUAUGUAUGAUGUUUUCAGGGCCAUCAUGCAGUAUGUUCAACAAUUUCCUGAAGUCGAACAGGGUAUGAGAAAUUUUUUAAUUGGAUAUAUUGAUCAUUAUUGGUUUUUUCAGAUUGGUCCUGAGUUUAUUAGUGUUUUUGGAGAAGACUAUCGUACUAACAACUACUUAGAAUCAUUUCAUUCGACAUUACUAGUGCAAAUGGGACGUCAUCCUAAUAUUAGGGAUUUUCUCCGGAAAUUAACUUACAUUGAAAACCAGUUUUCAGUUGAGUUUAAUCAAAUGCGGAACAAUCUCAUGGUUAGAGAUGGCAUAUCUAGAUCGGAACGAGUUAUUGCAACUCAUCUAAUCGCACUAAAUGUUCAGCGCCUUAAUGAACAACAGGACCUCUUGAUGUUUUUGAGGACUACUGGUCACCAUAAUGAUGGAUAUGUUCAAAGGGAAAUUGGACCAUAUGCGCAGCCAUGA